GACAGAAUAGUCGUCCCUCUGCUUAACCAGGGAAUGGGAAAACACGUCUGUGUUCUCGAGAAAUAUCAAAACAAGACAAACAUUAACUUUUGAGUCAUGUCUUAAGGCGGACCUAAUGUCAGGAUGCUCUUCAUUUGAUGGACACAGAGGCUGCGCCGAUUGAGUCUACUUCUCUCCGUGUCUGUAACUGGCUGAAAUUAUGUUCCCAGAUAUUUUUUGUCUGAUAUUAUUGAGCACUAUGCGCAUCGCAUCAUCUUUGGAGCUGCAACUUGGCAUGCCAAAUGUUUGUGCUGACCAGGAGAUGUCCAUGUUGGGGGGCCGUCAGCCUUGUGUCCAGGCUUUUACCCGCAUGGUAAAGGUGUGGAAGCAGGGUUGCACCAGCCACACAUGGUGUAUGGGCUAUGAGAGAAGGACAGCCUACUACACAGUGUACAGGCAGGUGUACAACAUGGAUUUGCACACAGUCUAUAAUUGCUGCCCUGGCUGGACUCGGGAGGGUGAAGAGAUGGGCUGUCUGCAUAGGGUGUGUGGUGCCAAUACAUGUUUCAACGGAGGCCAGUGUGCAAGGAUUGGAGACCAGAUAUGUCAGUGUCCACUGGGCUUCAAAGGGAUGCGGUGCCAAUAUGAUGUUAACGAAUGUGAAGUGGAUGAAGGUGGCUGUGAGGGGUACUGUUGCAACACCAUCGGCAGUUACUACUGCAAGUGUCCUGAAGGCAGUCGACUGGGGCCAGAUGGCAAGGCAUGUCACGAUGUUAAUGAGUGUGAAGAGCUCAAUGGAGGAUGCCAGCAAACGUGUGUCGACACACCAGGCUCUUAUCACUGUGAGUGCAGUGAAGGCUUCCGCAUGCACGCUGAUGGUCGGACCUGCAUUGCUGUGAACUCUUGCUCGGUAUUGAAUGGUGGUUGUGAGCAUAAGUGUGUGGACAUGGGGAACAAUCACUACAAAUGUGACUGUCGAAAGAACUAUCAGCUGAAGAGAGAUGGGAGACACUGUGAAUUGAGGGACCCCUGUGAGGACAGGAAUGGAGGCUGCGCCCAGCUGUGUCUUGCAGAAGGCGGCCGGGUUCACUGCAGCUGCCGACCUGGUUUUACACUGGCUGGAGAUGGCAAGAACUGUGAAGACAUUGACGAGUGCAGAUCAGGCCAUGCCAAGUGUUCCCACAGCUGUGUCAACAUGCUGGGCUCCUUCAGCUGUGUGUGUCAUCCGGGCUUUGAACUUGGUGCUAAUGGCAAGCAGUGCUACCGUAUUGAGAUGGAGAUCGUCAACAGCUGUGAGAAGAACAAUGGAGGUUGCUCUCAUCACUGCGAGCACACCACCAACGGCCCGUUGUGCUCCUGCAACCACGGCUACCAGCUGGACCGGGACAGGAAGACCUGUGUAGAUAGUGAUGAGUGUGUCAGUGGGGAAUCCUGCUGCCGUCACUUCUGUAGAAAUUACCCAGGCGGCUACGAGUGCAGCUGCAGAGCUGGCCACAGACUGAAUCGAGACGGCUGUGGCUGUGAUGACAUUGAUGAGUGCCUAGCAGAGACCUCAGGCUGUGAACACAACUGUGUCAACACCCUGGGAGCAUAUGAGUGUUUUUGUGAACUGGGCUUCCGCUUGGAUCGGGACCAGCACUCCUGCAUUUCUCUGUAUGACAGAGAAUUGGAAGAAGAAGAUGAUGAAGAGGAAGAAGCGGAUGAGCAGCUGGAGGCCCACAGAUUACCAGACCUGCUGUUCCGCAAGGCUCCUCAGCUCCUACAGUACACAGCAGCCUUGCACUCCCGGUAUGACAGUGAUGAAAAUGGUAGCGAUGGUGGUGACAGUGAAAAAGAAUUGGAGAUCCAGAGGGAGCGUCGAGGAGAGCUUAGACUGGACAGCAGCAUAGUUUGUCUAGAUGGCUCGUUUGGGGAUGACUGCAGUGUGAGCUGUGAAGACUGUGUGAAUGGAGUGUGUAGGGAAAAUAGAGACCAAUGUGAAUGUUCAGCUGGAUGGACUGGGAUCAUCUGUAACAAGACUUGUCCACAGGGGACCUAUGGGCAGGCCUGCAACAGCCUGUGCCGUUGUCAGAAUGGAGGCUCGUGUGACCCUGUGACUGGGAAGUGUUUGUGCCCCCCUGGGAUACAGGGCCUACUCUGCGAGGAUGGUUGUCCAAGGGGUUAUUUCGGGAGGCACUGCAGAAGAAAGUGCAACUGUCCCAACAACGGACAUUGUCAUCAUUUGUAUGGAGGCUGCCUGUGCUCUCCGGGACUAUAUGGUCGCUUCUGCCACUUGUCUUGUCCCAGAUGGACGCAUGGCGCAGGCUGUUCCAAGGAAUGUGACUGUUUUCAAGAACAUUCUACUGGCUGUGACCCCAAAACAGGGAGCUGUUUCUGUAAGGCUGCAUACCACGGCCCACAGUGUGAGAAAGAAUGUGCGCAUAGCUUCUUUGGUGCACGCUGUGAGCAGCCAUGUGACUGUCCAGGUGGAGGGUCAUGUGACCCCAGGACCGGAGAGUGCAGCCAGCGAUGUCCUGCAGGCUUUCAUGGAGAUAAAUGUCAGCUAGGCUGCCAAUCAUGGAGCUAUGGCGAGAGCUGUCGUCUGACCUGCGACUGUGAAGGAGCUCCUUGUGAUUCCAUAACCGGACAGUGCAUCUGUCCUUCUGGAAAGACAGGACCCUCCUGUCGCAAAGACUGCCCUGAUGGAUUCUGGGGGUUGAUGUGCCAGUCAUCUUGUCCUAACUGUGGGAUUAGAGGCUCCUGCAACAAGCAGACUGGUUUGUGUGACUGCAAACCAGGCUUCACUGGCAACCUCUGCCAAAAUGAGUGUACCCCAGGUUUCCAUGGACCAGGCUGUUUGAUGCGCUGCUCAUGUCAUCCUGAUGCCACUUGUGACCCACAGACUGGACGCUGCAUCUGCCCUCCUGGCAAAAGAGGCCAUGACUGUGCAACAUCAUGUGAAUCCGGUUACUGGGGCCAAGAGUGCCUCAGUAAAUGCCAGUGCAAAGAGAACUGUCUGGGCUGUGACCCGGUCACCGGUCAGUGUUCGUGUGAAGCCGGCUUCACCGGUGACCACUGUGAAAAGAAGUGUAUGGCUGGCAGUUAUGGGCAGGGGUGUGCCCAGCAGUGCCAGUGUCAGAAUGAGGCCCUCUGCGACCAUGUGAGUGGAGCCUGCACGUGUUCACCUGGAUAUGCUGGCACCUACUGUGAAAAAAUGUGCCCGGACAGCUUUUACGGUCUUGACUGUGGCCAGAUGUGCGAGUGCAGGAACGGUGCCCGCUGCCACCACAUCACAGGAGCUUGCCUAUGCACCGCCGGCUGGGCAGGACCACACUGCAUUCUGGAGUGCCCAGACGGUCAUUUUGGGGAGCAGUGCAGUCAGACCUGUGAGUGUCAGAAUGGAGCCAGGUGUGACCACGUCACCGGGCGAUGCAGCUGUGCGGCUGGGUGGACUGGAGUCAGCUGCCAACUGCCCUGUCCUGCAGGACAAUAUGGGGAACACUGUUCUGGUCAAUGUCUGUGUCGAAACCAAGGCUCUUGUGAUAGCGUGACUGGCCAGUGCUCCUGCCCGCCUGGCUGGACCGGAGCCGCCUGUGAGUUAGAGUGUGAGGAAGGACGUUUUGGAGAGAACUGUACCCAGGCCUGCAGCUGUACGAAUGGAGGGAAAUGUGACAGAGUGAUAGGAAGAUGUGCGUGUCUGCCUGGUUGGAUAGGAAAGCUCUGUCAGUCAGCCUGUUCUAAGGGAUUCUUUGGAGAUGGCUGUGAGCAGAGCUGCGACUGUGUCCAUAGUUCCAGUUGCCACCAUGUGACAGGCCUCUGUGAGUGCGAGCCAGGCUGGAGGGGAGCCAGGUGUGACAAACCCUGCCUUCCGGGAUCCUACGGUGCUUCCUGCGUCCAACGGUGUCAGUGCCAUGCUGGAGCGUCCUGUCACCAUGAGACGGGGAGUUGUGGCUGCCCAGCUGGACUCACCGGGCCUGGCUGUGAGAAACCCUGUCCUGCUGGCAUGUUCGGGCAAAACUGCAGCCAGCUGUGCCAAUGUUCAGGAGACCAAGAGCAGUGCCAUCCUGUGACUGGGAAAUGUAGCUGCUUACCUGGUUACUACGGGGCACGCUGCGAGAUACGAUGUCGGGCAGGGACCUUUGGGCCAAACUGCAAGUCCAGAUGCCGCUGUAUCAAUGGUGGUCGCUGUGACUUCAGGACUGGGACUUGCUACUGUCCUCCUGGCUUCAUUGGAGCUGACUGCAGCUCAAGUUGUCCGAGUGGGUACUAUGGGAAGGACUGUGCUAAGCUGUGCUCCUGUGGGGAAGGAGGGCAAUGCCAUUCCGCAACUGGGAAGUGUGUUUGUCCCCCUGGUAGAAUAGGACAGUCCUGCCAACAAGCAUGUCCUAGGGGGCGCUACGGCCUGCAGUGCAGAAACACAUGCGGCUGUCAGAACGGGGGUCUGUGUGACCCCGUCGACGGGUCUUGCAAGUGUGGACUGGGCUGGAUCGGACGCCGCUGUGACACUGCAUGUUCACAGGGAAAAUACGGGGUUGAUUGUGUACAAGACUGUCCAUGCCUCAACAAUGGGACCUGUGACCGUUUUACUGGUACCUGCAGCUGUACUGCUGGAUACUACGGCCACUCCUGUCAACACAGAUGCUCAUCUGGGUUCUUUGGAGUGAACUGUGCCCAUACGUGUGACUGUAAAGUGGGGCAGGCAUGUAACCAUGUGACAGGCCAAUGUGUGUGCCCACCUGGCUACUAUGGUCCCCAAUGCCAAAGACGGUGUGAAUCUGGCAAGUUUGGAUUAAGCUGUGGACAGACAUGUGACUGUGUUGGAGAGGCCCCAUGUGACCCAUCGACCGGACAGUGUCUCUGUCCCCCAGGAAGGACGGGACAGAGAUGUGAAAAAGCCUGUGGUGGAGACCGUUUUGGCCCUGACUGCUCCCUGCCAUGUCAGUGUUCCCAUAGAGCCCGCUGUGAUGGGCUGAGUGGACGAUGCCUGUGCCCGCUCACCUGGCUGGGCCCCACCUGUGGUGAAGCACUUCUACACCAAACCCCAGGACCGUUGAACUUUUCUGUGUCCCAAAGAAAGAGAAGAGCAGGCAGCAAAACCACAUAACCCAAGCAGAGGUGCAAACUCCUGACUGGACAUUCAAACACAGGGCUUGGCUCUGUCAAGCAUUACUCAGUUCAUCUUGGUAAAGGUGAUGUUAGUAAUGUUAUGUUUUUGUGAAACUGGUACUCAGCUGUCAGAAACUGGCACUGCAUCACUGAGCCUGGAGCUCGAGGUAAUCACCCAGUAGACCUGGCAUGUGAGGGGCCCUCAAAGGACCAUACACUCUUAACCCACCCCAGGACUAUCUAAGACUUAAAGUCCAGGGUUACACAGACUUCUUAGCAAUACCCAUGAAUACCUGCAUCCCAUUUGUGACUAUUGCUGAUGGAAAGAGGUUAAUUUGCUUUUCAGUUUUACAUUUAAUGUGCUGUUUGGACAAGAUGUGAUUGAAUCUGAUACUUUCUUGUCACUGGAGAGCCUUAACAACCAAUAUUUACUUCUUUUUUUAUGUGUGUCCACAAAAAACUUGAUGGUUAGUGUAACAGAAGGCCAAACAUAUUUCUGGUGUAAUUUAAAUGCCUCUUUACUUAUACUAACAAAAUAAAACACCAAGAUCCACGCAUACAGGGACUGCAGGCAGGUGAACUACAAAAAUAUGGUCCAAUAGCAGAGCCAUAAAUGUUGAAGUAGGGGAUGUUUCAAAAUAAAAAUGACCUCUGGACAUAUUUUGAAAUAUAAAAACAUGCUCGGCUUUAAAUGGUCAUUUAUGUCUGGUGUGGUUUUUCCACAAAAAGUUCAAUUACUUUAUUAAAUUACCUACUUCUCUUUUUCCAGAAGUCCAGAAUCUAUUAAUUGCAAAGAUGUAAAAAAAAAAACAGUGUUUGAAUCCUCAUCAAGACUUUAUGUACUUCACUUCCAUCAUAAUGACCCACGAAACACUGAACAGGCCUAGGGAGGGAAUCGUCUCACCUUAUGUGUGUGUUUAUUCCCGUACUUUAAUUUGUUUCUAAAAUAUUAUGUUUUGAUUUCACACAUUUGCCUUGUAUUCUUUGUGAAACUGCACCAUUUCCCAAAAGAAAGUAAAAAAGUUGGUUUACAAAUUAUUCUGAACAGAUUUUUUAGCUAUGGGACUCUUUCACAAGAAUAGAUUCACCUUAACUUAUUUUAUUGUCCAUACACCUUUUACAAACGUCUACAAAGAUAUUGUCAUCCAUAAGUUCAACAUGGCUCAUGGAAUCUGAAUGAACAACCUUCAUUACCAGCGUUACGAACACUCUUCAUUUAUUAGCAUUGAUCAUGGGUUGUAUUAUUGCAGGGCGGCGUGCUGGUCGCGGAAUACUGCAGGCAAACCUUGUACACAUUGCACUUCUUUCAGAUCUGUGUUGAUUGAGUCAGCAACUGAUACAGAGUUUGGAAGUCUAAUAGAAAAUUAAAUUGAUGUUAAUAUUUUUUUCUGUGGUACCUGUAGACAUUUCUAUGGCCGCACAAUAUUAAAAGCCGUUUUUUUUUUUUUUUUUUUUUUUUUUUACAAGAUAAGUCCCAUAUCACUACUGCUAUCCUUCACCAUACAUUUGAUUUAAAUGAGUUUCUUUUAUGCAAAAACUAUAUUUGUAUUAUAUCUCAGGUUAGUACCAGUUGUAUCUGUCAUAACCUACUGUGCUCAUUUCCUGGCAUAACUAUGUCAGUGGUGCUACAUUGAUACAUUUUGUUUGUGUAUAAUUAAAAAACUAAAUUUUUACUGUU